CGUCCGUUCGUUCGUUCGUUGGGUUCGUUCGUUGGGUUCGUUCGGCUCCGGUCGUGGAAGUCGAUCCUAAGGUCGGAGUGCUGUCGCGCGAGAAGGGAGUGUCUCGGGCGCCUGUCUCGCCGCCCUCCUCCGGUCCUCCCAGUGAUCCCGAAUUUCCUCCGCGAGCACACGCGCUUUCCGCUGCUCGAGGAUGACGCUCCCGAGUCGUCCGGUCUCGCCCGAGUCUGGUACGCCCGGCAUUAUUCGCGAGCGAACACGUUGGAUGUAAAAAAAAAAAGUACUAAUUAAUCGAGUUUGUUACGGGGGUAAGAGAUAUAGAGGGAUAGAAAAAGAGGGUCUUAUUACGAAUGUUCCUGUGUCGGAAUUCGCCGCAGGUAUCUCUCAGUGGCGGCGAGUGCACGAAGACUAUCGAUUGCCGAGUGUAUUUAAACGGCUGCGCGUGGAAUCGCUAAUACUACCUUUCUCUUGUCUAACGGUACAUCCCUCAUCGUUACAACCAUUCAGGACAGUCUGCCUGCUCGAUUGAUCCGUCAUCGAUACAUCAUCGUCCCGCGGAACUCGAGUUCGCGAGUUCCCUUUAAUCCCAAGAUUGGUGCCAAGAAGGACAGAUGUGGGAUAUCCUUGACAUUAUGACGAGACGCGCAAGAAGCAGCCGGUAGUCCGCGGUUGGCAGGGAUGUCCUCGUGACAUGUUACCCCGUGACCUUGGCUGGCGCAACUACAACGUCCUCCGUGGAGAGGGUCGUCUUCUGGUGCGCGGAUCCACGAGCGGAAAUACCAAUUCCGGCCGAGCCUACAAUCCCCGCGAGAUCGAGUAUCGCCUGCUACCGCUGGUGCAGGUCAAACCUAACUUUGUGAUCCCAUAUGUGCUCUGCUGGAGAGUCCCAGGCGCGAUUCAUCGCAUCCAAAUUAAUCCGUCGAUUGUCCACCAUCACCACCAUCAUCAUCACCAUCAUCACCAUCAACAACAGCAGCAGCACCAGCACCAUCAGCAUCACUUCCAACAACAGCACCGUCAACGUAGACGACACUUUGAAGGAGUGCCACGAGCACAUCCGCCACCUUCGACGGAGCAUCGCCUCACAUACGGCGCGCAGCGUGACAUCCUUGUGGAUUCUGGUAUGGAAACAAGAUUGGACCGAAGUUUUGUACCGAACAGAAAUGAGGACACGAGGUGAACCAGAAUUAUCUUCUUAUCUUGGAUAUCAUUCGAUAUCCAAAAAAGAGCUUGCAAUCAACUUCUCAAGGUCGAAGCUGACGGAACGAGGACGCGGUUCAUAAUGUUCAACCACCUCCAUCCAGGCGAAAGAUCGUGCUUCCAUAAGGAGCGAAUCAUGCUUAUUGCGCUUGAUGAUUGUCUUGACUCAUCGUUAGCGAAUGUCAGCGAAUGACGUUUAGGAGCUAGUUGAUGCCUCACCGAAGAAAAUGUCGACGUCGGACUUUAGAGGAUACUCAUCUGAUACCAUCGGAAUAUUGAGUAGUUUUCUAUCCAAUUUAUUACAUUUCUUUUUCAUUGCUUUAUUUUUCGUAUCAGAAAAUUUGUAAAAUAUUAAUUAAGCGCAAAGAUUCUGAAAAUAUAUCCUCAAUUCUCUGACCUCGUUUAUUAUU